UGUACUCCUUAUGUUAGUUUUAAAAAAACAGGCAAGAUGGCGCUGAUGCAUUGUUGUUGCAUUUGCUGCUCAGCAAGAGCAGGAGCACUGGUGAUUGGUACCCUGCAGUUGAUUGCGUUGAUUGUUGGAGGAAUCCUGACUGGCAUGAUGCUCGCAGCGAUCGACUUGCUCGUCGACAAGGACGUGAUCAAGGACGUGCUGCAAGACUACUUCGAAAUCUCAUCUUCUGAUAUGAUUUUUAUCGAGGACCAGAUUGACGAAAUCCAGGAUUAUAUAUUGGACUCCAUUACUGUUCUGCAACGCAUAUUGUACGUGGUUCUGGGAUACAUCAUAGUGGACUUCAUUUUCACCUGCUUGAUGAUCCAUGGCGCCAGAACCAGCUCUCGCAAGAUCAUGGUCCCCUGGAUCCUUUUGGAGGGCCUCCGAUCCUGUGCCACACUCGCCGCUGGUAUCCUCACUAUCAUACAACGCAACGAAUGGGCCGAGACCAUCACCAACGAGAUCAACGACAUCAUCGACUCUCCCAUGACACUGCCUGUAUCCUUGCCCCCGGGCUUCGGGUCCACUUUGAAACCCCCGGUCACCAUCACUGCGGACCCCCGGACCAUAGAAAGCGGGCUCACUUCCCUCGGCGGAUCCCUAAUCUUCAACGCCGUGCUCUGGUUCUACUUCGUCCUCGUGGUCUUCUCGCAAUUCCAGAUCAUCCGCGAAGUCAGGCAGAACGGGAAACGGGUCGCACAUCGGGUCAGUGUCGUCAAAGGCGGGGAAGGAGGGAAUAUUUCAGCAUCGCCAAGCAUGUACAACAUGCAACAACAACAACAACCGAACACAGCACGCAACGCGUUUGAAGAUGUUCCAGUUCCAUAUCGUGCGUCGAAAAAUGGACUCGGACCCGCAGCUCAACAACCCCCGUAUUACGCCUUCGAGAAUCAAGCGUACACCAAUAACGCGCCCAGCGUACCGUCGAUUUACAUGCCAUCAGCAGCAGCCUACGAUCCAAAACCUGCUUGGCAACAGCAACAACAAUCGUUCGUUCAGGGAAGCAGGAUUUAUCCCGACUUGAGAAACAAUAACGCGUCUCCCUGGGGCCAAAAUUCUUCAAUGCUAGGCAACAUGGAGCCUACGCCAGAUUACGACUAGAAUAUGGCGGGUUUUCUUCGCCUGCUGACGGACUCUUGGAAAGCAAAUGAUUUUUCUUCAACCGCGUAUCUAAAAAUAAUUCACUCUCCCCGCCCCCCCCCCGAAAAAAAACCUCGCA